UUUAUUUACAUACGUGUCCAGAUGUGUUUGCGGUAUCAAGAGUUUUUGGAGUAUCAUUGACCACAGCGGGGCUGAAGUACCCAAGUUUACGAAAACAGCGAAAACACGGCAUUGCGUUUAAAACAUUUGUGAUGUCUAAAGUCAGAGAUGGAAAUAUCAGAUUAAUUGUGUUUCACCUUGAAUGUGAACACUAGAUCAGAGCUGCUAGGGGGACCUGCGGCUACGCCAAGCCCAGCGAGGCUUCACUUAGCUGGGUAACAUCUGCUAAGGCCACCCCUGCCUCCUGGACAUCACCAUGGCGAUGCUGCUCCCCCAGAAUCCAUCUCAGGUGCAUGCGGCCGCUGUGAAUGGAGACAAGAACACCUUACAGAGGCUGAUCACAGCAGAGUCUAGUCUGCGGGACAGCGAGGAUCAAUUCGGCCGGACCCCUCUGAUGUAUUGUGUUCUGGCUGACCGCUUGGACUGUGCAGAGGUGCUGCUUAAGGCCGGCGCAGCCGUCAACAAGACUGACCACAGUCAGAGGACUGCACUGCACCUCGCAGCACAGAAGGGCAACGUGCGUUUCAUGAAACUCUUACUGUCACGCCAUGCCGAUUGGCGUUUGAAGGAUCUGGAGGAAAUGACUCCAUUACACCUGGCAACCCGUCACUCGAGCUCCAAACCUCUGUCUCUGCUCCUCAAGCACAUGGCACCUGGUGAGGUGGACACACAGGACAGGAAUAAGCAGACAGCGCUGCACUGGAGCGCCUUCUACAAUCACCCCGAGCAUGUUAAGCUGCUGAUCAAGCACGAUUCAAACAUCGGGAUUCCAGACAGCGAGGGCAAGAUCCCUCUACACUGGGCGGCACAUAACAAACAUCCCAAUGCCACACGUACGGUCCGCUGUAUCCUGGAAGCUGCUCCCACCGAGUCUCUGUUGAACUGGCAGGACUAUGAGGGACGCACCCCUUUGCACUUUGCAGUGGCUGAUGGGAAUGAGGCGGUGGUUGAGGUCCUGACUUCAUACGAGGGUUGCAGCGUGACAGCCUAUGACAAUCUGUUCAGGACACCACUGCACUGGGCGGCGCUGCUGGGUCAUGCAAAGAUUGUCCACCUCCUGUUGGAGAGGAACAAGUCUGGGAUGAUCCCAUCAGACAGUCAGGGAGCAACACCUCUGCACUAUGGAGCUCAGAGCAACAAUGCUGACACAGUUGCAGUGUUCCUGAAACACCACUCUGUGCGCGAUGAGCCUGAUCUGGAGGGACGAACAGCCUUCAUGUGGGCUGCUGGGAAGGGCAGCGAUGAUGUCAUCAAAAUUAUGCUGGAUCUGAAAAAGGACCUGGACAUCAACAUGACUGACAAAUAUGGAGGGACAGCACUUCAUGCGGCCGCUCUCUCAGGGCAUGUGUCCACUGUGCGCUUGUUGCUAGAGCAGGGAGCCAUGGUGGAUCCGCUGGACGUAAUGAAACACACGCCUCUGUUUCGUGCUUGUGAGAUGGGCCAUAGAGAUGUCAUCCUAACACUAAUCAAAGGAGGGGCACGUGUUGAUCUGGUAGACAUAGACGGUCACUCUGCGCUGCACUGGGCGGCUCUGGGCGGUAAUGCAGAGGUAUGUGAGGUGCUGAUGGAGAACGGGAUCAGUCCUAACCUCCAGGACCACGCUGGACGAACUCCCCUGCAGUGUGCGGCAUAUGCCGGCUACAUCAACUGCAUGGCCUUGCUCAUUCAGCAUGAUGCAGAUCCCAAUAUCCAGGACAAGGAGGGGAGAACCGCGCUCCACUGGUCCUGUAAUAACGGUUAUCUGGAUGCUGUGAAGCUGCUUUUGGGGUGUGGGACAUUCCCCAACCAUAUGGAGCACACUGAGGAGAGGUACACUCCUCUAGACUAUGCCCUGUUGGGGGAGCAUCAGGAACUGACCCAGUUUCUAUUGGAGCAUGGAGCUCUGUCCAUCGCCGCCAUCCAGGACAUCGCCGCCUCAUCCAUCCAGGCUCUUUACAAAGGCUACAAGGUCCGACGGGCCUUCAAAGAACGCAAGAAGCUCCUCAUGAGACAUGAACAACUACGCAAGGACGCUGCAAAGAAGAGGGAGGAGGAACGCAGACGUGAGGCAGAGCAGCAGCUCUCAUUGGCUGAGGCGGAUCACAAGCAGCGUGUGUCAUUGGCUGCAGUCGGAGUGGAAAAACUUUCACUGGAUGAAACGGAGCAGAGGUUUAAAGAUCCAGCGGUGAAAGGACACAAACACAAAAAGUCCCCCGGUGCUCAUAACAUUCAUUCACAGAGCAGGAGAGAGAAACAACAUAGAACUGAGCGCAGAACGAGAGAGGCCAAAACACCAGACACUACUCUCCCCCCUGCGACCUCUGGCCCCACGGUGACCCCUCUGAGUACCAAGAAGUGUUCAGGCACUGUAGAGGAGGUGUGUGUGAUAGAGACGUGUGGCCUAGACACAUGCGUAUCAGUGGAAUGUGGAUCCACAUAUGAGCGCCGAUCCCCCGCUGGGUCCAGUCGACCAGGCAGUGCCAAACUGGUCCACACAGGAGCCCAUGUAGCACCAGGCCACAUGGAGACCACCACAACCCCCAAAUCAGCAGUACAUACCAGACCCAGGACUACAGCUGCCCACUCAAAACCAGCGGCCCAGUCUACACUAGGUUCCACAGAGGCACCAACAGACGGCAUCUAUAGAUCAACGUCCAAGGGGAACAAGCCAGCAUCAGACCACAAAUCCACAGGAACCCAGCAUUAUAACAUCUCCAACUCCCCCUCCGAAAGAACCUCAGUCACACGACAAAAAGAGAGACGGGCAGAAAGAGAGAUGGACAGAGAAAAGGAUAAAAGAUCAAGGACUGAGGGACAGAAAGAGACUGGCAGAGAGAAACAGGAGAUGGACAAAGAGAGAUGGAUGAGCAGAACAAGAAAAAAACAACAGGACAAAGAGAAGGAAAUGAAGGGAGACAGCAUCCGUUGUAAAAAUCAGGCGGCCGUUGUGAUACAGAGAGCAUGGAGGAGGUCUUGUAUUCGGGGUCGUCUUCGUAAGGUACUGUGCAGGACUGUGAAAGGGGCGGAGUCUGCUGAACUCACAGCCCUGUUGAUUCAGUUAUUAUGGGAGUGGCCUAUAGCUCAUGACCACACCCACCAUAAAACUUCUUCUGAAGUUCAAGCUGCUCCUACCAGGAACGCAGGGAAAAAAAGCUCUGUGCUCCAAAAUAUCUAUGGUGGCGCCCCGUCCAAGAGAGGGCACUCUCUGCGGGCUGCAGUGCUUAAACCACAGAGCCAAAGCCAAGUGCUGCUGGAUCUGUCACUCAAAACAAACAAACAGUUGAGUGCCGUUGACUGUGUGAGCCUGGUGGAUUCUUUAAAUCAGGCAAAGCAAUACUCUUACCAUCUACGCCCAUCCAGUACUGGCAGUCAAAGCAGUCAGAACAGAACUAAGAACUAACACCACAAAAUGGACUCCAACGUUUUUUUACAGGAACUAAAUCUCUCUAAGAGACAGGGAUUAUAUGCACUUAAACUCAUUUGAUGUUUAUUUAAACUAUUGCAUGAGGUACAGUGAACUUGCAUGGUACGUGUCUCGGUUUACAUAAGAAAUCUGCAGUAUCACCUUGAUUAUUGCAGAGGUUAAAACCACAAACACAACAAAUGUAUUAGAUAACCUUUCAUUCUGUCAACAACAGGUCAUAUACCUGUCGUAAGGGUGACACGCCUUACAUAACAAGACCACCUGCAUGGGAGACCACUGAGUGUACAUUAAAGAUGUCACAAGGCUGUUAAACUGCCCCUCUAUUUGAAACAUACUCAUAUUUUCAGCCCAUUUCUGAUAUUGUCACAGAUCUUUGUAUUCUUAUACUCUAUCGCCAGCCCUAUUUUUGAGUGGGUUGGAUUAUUAAUACAUUUUAUUCAUCACUAUAAAUCAUUGUACUCUUUUUUUUUUUUUACUAUUGAUGUAUUACUGUAAAAUAAAUUUUGUAAAAGUGAAGAUACCUCAAUUUAUGUGUUAAGAAGGGAAAGAUGUUGCUGUCACUUUUGCUAGAAUCAUCUUACCUCACAGACUUUGUUCUUAAUCCUGAGAGUAAUAAUUACGCUAGCGUUCAAAAGUUUGAGGUUGGUGAGAUUUUGUUUUUGAAACACUCUUAUCCUCACCAAGGCUGCAUUUAUUUAAACAAGAAUACAGUAAUAAACUUUUAAAAGCUAUUAAA